AUGCCGGGAGACAAGCAUCAGCAUCAACGCGUCGGUCCGGCCACAGAGCUGUCCUUCCCAAUGUACACAGUGCCGCUGGAGGACGUGUUGAAGAUGACACGGGUCCGUCCACACGAGGAGCUCAAGGCAGAAGGAGUUCUCGUCAAACACGAAGCUAAGUUGGGAAACGCUGCGUUUAUUUCACACCAGUGGAUCGGGGACAAGCAUCCGGAUCCAAACGGUGAGCAGCUUGAAGUUCUGAAGCUUGCGCUGAGACGCUUGAUGUCCGAGGUGCAGGUGGUGCAUCCCAGCUUCAUCACGGAGGUGGCAAUGCCGGCUUGUAGGGGCUUGCCGACCAAGAAGCUAUUCUCAAUGCCACUGUUCCUCUGGUACGAUUUCUUCUCAUGCCCCCAGAAUCCACAAUGCCAAGAGGAAGAAGGUGAUCUGCAGUCGGCUAUUGACAACAUUCCAGGAUACAUCGCCCGAUGCACUUUCUUCUUCGUCCUUUGCCCCGUGAUUGCCAACCAUGCCUUGUCCCGGCUAUUCACACAGUAUACCUGGGCCGAGCGAGGCUGGUGCCGUGUUGAGAAGACCUGCCGCGAGCUUUCCCUAGACCAUACUUGGAUGAUCAUCCGGAGCGCCACGGAAAUCGAUUUCGUGUCGGAUGCAGCCUCCACCUUGGGUGGGCCCGCCGGUGAAGGCCAGUUCACAAUCAGUGAGGACAGCCAUCGGCUCGCACCAAUUCUCCUUGGUGCCCUCAAGCGCACGUUGCUUCUCAGGCUGAGGAAUCGCGAUCUGGCUGGCUACCGUGGGCUACUGAACCUCCAGACCGUUCGCAUGAGGGGCUUCCCUCGAUUCCAAGAGCUUGAGCUCAUACCUGACCUCCCGAGCCCGGCCGGUUCUGGGUCGGAGUCCAGCUUUGAUGUCGUGCCGCGAUUCUUCCAUCAGAAUGGCUUCGUAAGUGUCAAGGAGGUGGACAGCAUGGGCUGGUCGCCGUUGCACUACGCCGCGAUCCGAGGGGACACGGAGCUGAUUCAAGGCUUGCUGGCGCUGCGGGCGAACCCCAAUGCAAAGACCAGGAAAGAAAAUCCAGUCACAGGGUUUCGCCGCGGGGAUUCGGCCUUAAACAUGUGCCUCUUUCACAAGCACAACGAUGCUUGCCGUACGCUUAUCGCCGGCCGGGCACGGGUGGACGACUCCUUUCGAGGCUAUCCGGCAUGUGCAGCGGCCAUGGCUGACAAUGCCGAGGGCCUGCGUCUCCUCUGUGAGGCUGGUGGCAGUCCCCAUCAGCCCUUUAUGGGCAGCGUCUACCCCUUCACGUUGGCCUGCAUGUUUGGUGCACGGGCCGCCAUCGAGGAGCUUGCGGCGCGAGGUGCUGUUCACCUCCGGGAUUGUCUCUCCUAUGCCAUGCUCUUCCGCGGGGGUACGCCUCAAAUGGCCUUGCAGUUGAUUGCGAUGCGGGCGGAUGUGAACGAAAGGUCCCACUUCCCCCUGCUGUCACCGCUCGGAAUCCUCUUUGCUGUGAAGUCUCUCCAGUACAGAUGUGGCAGGGUCACCCCUUUGACCACAAUCGCAUAUCGAGCAAACGAAUGGACGCCGCUGAUGAAUGCCAUCAUGUCAGGGCAGUAUGAUGGGGCCUCCGCGCUUAUUCUUUCAGGAGCGCGGCUGGAUCUCCAGGAUUCGGGCGGGGCUUCGGUGAUGGAUUUUGCAGAGGGGCAAACCAUUCCGGAGUUCGUGCUGAAGGCCUUCCAGGGGCAGCUCCAGGACUGCAGGAGUGUGGUGCAACUGGCCCUCUUGCAGAAUGACGACCUCGAGGAAAUGAUCGAGGAAGCCUUCUGA